UCUCCCUCUUACUCUCGAGAGUUGGAAAGUACAUAGAUUCUCUGUCUCUCACUCUCUUUCUUACUCAGAGCUCCCUCACUCAUUCCCUGUUUCAAGAGCUCUCUUCUAUUGGAUUUGAGGUGUUGUGUUCUGUUGUGUAGUAGUAGGCUUUUUUUCUUGAAAGGGGAGCUCUGCCUCGUCAAGUUUCAUGUGAAAAUUGGGUGGAAGAGAUCUGAGGCUGAGGCUGCUCUCUCAUCAAUGGUUGGUCAAAAGGGGCCUCCACUUUUGAUUCAUCGAAUUCAGAAACCGCCCCCUUUGUCGUUCUGAGCUGUCGCGGCGAGCAUCCUGCUCUUCGCAUCACAUUCCCUUGAGGAAAGGUCUGACCUUUACGGUCUUUCAGAGGCUCUGAGGCAGUUGUUUGCAGCGGCGAUUGGCAAGUGAUAAUUCCGCCAUUUUUCGGCCCUUCUCUGCAUAGUUUUAUAGGAAUUGCUUGAGGGGUUGAGGAGCAAAUUUAGUCUGGCAUCAGUUGAAUAAUUGCGGAGAUUUGUGGUCUUGCUGAAAAUGCCAUAUUACUCAAUCUGUUGGAUUAUCGUUGAAGAGAUUCCGAGUUUCGGCCGGUUAAUGUUCUGAUCAUGACCCGACCCGUUCGGAGUCGUAUCCUUAAGGAUGUGAAUGGAGACAUCAGCGAGCACCUCCGGAAUCACAUCCACUUAACGAAUUGUAUCCACUUAAAGAACCACUUGCACAAGCAGAGCCCUAUACUGUCUGACCGGUCUCUUAUGAGGGACCUGAUUGUCCUUCAGAGAUCCCGGUCCCUGCGGGACCCGUCAGCUAGCCCGCCGUUGUGGCAUUCCCCCUCAGUUGUUGAGCUUCUCCCCCGAAAGGGUGAGAAGGUAGGCGACAAUGUUCUUCAGGAGGGUCGAAGAUCGGUUGGGGCUGACAGGCCGAGACAGGCAACGAGGUUUUCAGGAAACUCUCCCCCAUUUCCACUUUUGGCAUCUUCACGGGUCGCUUCUGGGGAAGAUGAAGAGGUGGCAGCAGCGAUUAGUGAGCACAGAGAAGAAUCUCUUCAUGACAUUCUUUCAGGAAAGUCUGAUUCUAGAGAGAGGAAGAAGAAGCAAAAGGGGAAGCAAGUAAGAGACUCUCAAUUUAAGACGUUAUCAGAGCAGCUGCACGAGGUGGGACUGGAUAGUGAUGAUGUGGUGUCCUCAAACAUGCGUCCUAAAGAUACAUUUUUGCAGUCAGAUAAAAGAGCACAGGAAACAGGUGGUCGGAGUUAUGGCUGUGGAGUAAACCAUAGAAAGAGGCGAAGAUUCCGGGCUUCGAGGAGACCUCGGGCUUCAGCUGCUCCUCGAGAUGUUGGAGUUAAGAGUGAGAUGUCCAUCGCCUCUAAUUCUCUUGAUCAUGGUCCCAUUCAUCGGAGUCAUCACAUGGACGAUGAAGAAGAAGAAGCAGAAGGUGAAGAGUAUCAAGAGCAGACUAAUGUCACAAGAGCUCCUAGGAAUGGGUGUGGGAUACCUUGGAAUUGGUCAAGAAUUCACCAUAGAGGAAGAACCUUCCUUGACAAGGCGGGAAAAAGCUUGUCAUGUGGCCUUUCAGAGAAGAGAAAGGAUGGUCCUGAUUUUCCUGUAGCCUCUGAUUCCUUGAAUGAAUCUUCAAAAUCUGAGGCGGAGGCUUUGCCUCUAUUGGGUGGUUCUCAGGGAAGUUCCGAGAAGCUAAAUGACUACUCUGGCGAAUUGGGGAUCUUCGCUGAUAACCUUUUGAAGCAUGGCCGAGAGUCUGACCUCGCUUCUGAAGCCCGAUCUGGCAGUCUGAUCAGGCGAAGAACUCAUAGAAAUCGUCAUCAGAAUCUAACUCAGAAGUACAUGCCCCGGUCUUUCAGGGAUCUGGUGGGGCAGAAUCUCGUGGCCCAGGCUUUGUCUAAUGCGGUUGCACGACGGAAGAUCGGGCUCCUCUACGUGUUCUACGGGCCUCAUGGAACGGGAAAGACCUCCUGCGCUCGGAUCUUCGCACGGGCCCUCAAUUGCCAGUCCUCUGAGGACCUGAGGCCCUGUGGAUACUGCAACUCUUGCGUCGCCCUCUACUCAGGCAAAAGCCGUAAUGUGAGGGAGGUGGGCCCUGUAAGCAAUUUUGACUUUGAGAACAUCAUUGACCUUCUCAACAACAUGGUCUCCCAUAUUCCAUCACAUUCACAGUACAGGGUGUUUAUUUUUGAUGACUGUGACGCUCUUUCUGUUGAUUGCUGGAGCGCGAUAUCUAAGGUCAUUGACCGGGCUCCAAGGAGGGUGGUGUUCAUCCUUGUGUGCUCGAGUCUCGAGGUUUUGCCUCACAUAAUCAUAUCAAGGUGCCAGAAGUUCUUCUUCCCAAAGCUGAAGGAUGCGGAUAUUAUCUAUACUUUGCAAUGGGUCUCAAGCAAAGAGCGUUUAGAAGUGGACAAAGAUGCACUGAAACUUAUUGCUUCGAAGUCAGACGGCUCCCUGAGGGAUGCUUUGAUGACUCUUGACCAAUUGAGCUUGCUCGGACAGAGAAUCUCAGUUACGCUGGUUCAGGAACUGGUGGGGCUUAUUUCUGAUGAGAAACUAGUGGAUCUUCUUGACUUAGCAUUAUCUGCAGACUCAGUCAACACUGUCAAGAACUUGAGGGUGAUAAUGGAAACGGGAGUGGAGCCAUUGGCCUUGAUGUCACAGCUCGCUACAGUUGUUACGGAUAUACUUGCUGGGACCUAUGAUUUCACGAAAGAAAGGAACAGAAGAAAGUUCUUUCAGCAUCUACCGUUAUCAAAAGAAGAAAUGGAGAGAUUGCGUCAAGCACUGAAAACCUUAGCUGAAGCUGAGAAACAGCUGAGGGUGUGCAAUGACAAAACGACAUGGCUCACAGCUGCCUUGCUCCAACUCGCUCCUGACCAACAUUACAUGAUGCCAAGUUCUUCUGCUGAUAAUAGUUUUCGUCACAGCCCUAUGGCUGUAAACAAUAUAGGAGCCCGGGAACCUAACGGGCGAGCCCCGGAAUGUGUUGAGGUGGUGGAUAAUGGAAGAGGAUGGCCUCUCAAUGACAGAAUUGAAAGUAUCCGUCCCGGGAGUUCGUUAAAAGUUCCAGGAAAUGGUUCAAACAGGGAUGGUAGAUUUGACUCAAGAGGCAAUGCUAGAGUUGGGAAGCCAGUCCCUGGAAUAGCAUACAAGAGGAUUGACGAUAUUUGGCUAGAAGUGAUCGAUAAGGUUCCAAUUGAUAACGUGAAGGAGUUUUUGCUCCAGGAAGGGAGGCUGAUCUCUGUCAGUUUUGGUGCAGCUCCGACCGUGCAGCUAUUGUUCAGCUCACAAAUAACAAAGAGCAAGGCUGAGAAGUUCCUAGAGCACAUUUUACAAGCAUUUGAAACUGUCCUCAGGUCCACAAUCACGAUUGAAAUCCGGUGCGAGUCCAAGAGGGACACAAGAGGUGGAACCCAUGCACCUCUUCCUCUACCAGCCCCUAGAGAUGGUUUGUCCCAGGGUGGAAGGAGUGAAAUAGUUGAACUGGAACCUUCUAUUGGUGACCCGAAAGGCAUUGGGGCUGAUAAAAGAGCUCUGGAACAAGAAUCAUCACAUAUGAAAGUGCCACCUUCUUACACAGAGAGGAGGAAGCUUGGUGAGAAGACUCCGAGUCAGAGCAUCGUGAGAGGGAAGGUUUCCCUCGCUCACGUGAUUCAGCAGGCUGAGGAAUGCUCUCAGCGCAACUCAUGGUCAAAGAGGAAAGCGGUUUCCAUUGCUGAGAAGCUUGAGCAAGAGAAUCUGAGACUCGAGCCUAGGUCGAGAAGUCUGCUCUGCUGGAAGGCUUCACAAACAACUCGCUGCAAGCUCUCUCGAUUGAAAAUCAGAGGGAGGAGACCUCGUUCUUUGUUGAAGUUCGUUUCUUGUGGGAAGUGUGUCUCCAGUAAGUCCCCAAGAUUGUAGAAGAACGAAUUGAAAGGAUAGACUCGCCUGCAAUGUUUUUGUAAUCUUACCUGUAUGUAGCGAAAUUUCGUGCCGCUUAGGUAGUUCGUUUAAUUCAAUGCUUCAUUUUCUUUUCCAUUUAAUAAAAGUAUUGAGUUAAUAGUUAGCUGGAAAUUUGUUGGGACAGGAAGCAAUGCAUAGCAGUGGUAGCAUGUCUUCAUAAA